AUGGCUGCCGUGGCCAACAAACUUGACGACAGCUGGGAUGACUUGUCCACGGUGCUCAUUACAGAGUUGUCGCCCCCUCAAAGCGGCGACCAGCUGGACUGGAGCGUGUCUAUGGUUGAAGUCGAAGCCCAUGAUGACGGUGCUGACGACAAUUGGCGUGAGCCGUCGGUGGCUGCCGUGGCCAACAAACUCGACAACUCCUGCGAUCAUUUGUCAACAGUGCUAAUUGGGGACUCAUCCCCCCCUCGAAGCGGCAACCAGCUCGACUGGAGCGUGUCGACUAUCGAAGACGAAGACAACAGCGAAAAUUGGCGUGAGCCGGCGAUGGCUGCCGUGGCCCACAAACUUGACGACAGCUGGGAUGACUUGUCCUCGGUGCUCAUUGGGGACUCAUCCCCCCCUCGAAGCGGCGACCAGCUGGACUGGAGCGUGUCUAUGAUUGAAGUCGAAGCCCAUGAUGACGGUGCUGACGACGAUUGGCGUGAGCCAACGGUGGUUGUCGUGGCCACCCAACUCGACAACAGCUGGGAUGAUUUGCCGUUGUCGUCGACCUCAUCGGUGAUUGAUGUGUCAACGCUUGACUCGACCUGGGGCUGCUCCAUACUGUACUCGAAGGACGCAUUGUCGUGCAUACUCGACAACGUCAUGGCGACAGAGACUCGCCGCCCAAGCAAGAUCCACCCUGCGAUGGUCCAACCUCUAUCGGCAGCAUUGGCGAUCACCGGCCCUCCAGCACACAGCCUUCCGCUGCCCAAGUUUUGUGUUCCCUCGUCUCCCAACCGAACCACAGUACCCAUGGACAACGAGAGGAAGGCCGUAGUCUCCCCGGAUCAGUCGGUUGCUACCAACAAUGCUACUGCUCCUGCUGGUCACAUUGAUGGCGCACGUCCGUCCGUCCAAGUCGGGCGCCGCCGCUCGUAUUUCAGCCUUGUGUGGGAAACCAUGUGGCGCAUCCUAUGGGUCGGCUACGUAAUGUUUGCAGUUAUUGGUGAGAACGAUGCAGUACCAGCGUCAUCACUCCAAGAUGCACCAACCAAGGUGCAAGUGGGAGCCCACUGCGACCAAUCGGCUGGUAAAUCCGGUCAGCAACUGGAGGCCAUGACCAAGACAGUUGUCGAAUGGACGGUUGCGAUGAACGUGCCAAAGCAUCAGGUCCACCUCCCCUUUGAGGAGUCCCACAAGGUUUCGUGGGACACUGCCAUGGAGGACUUGCGCCGUCGACUCGGCCACGAAUUGGAGCCCAUGGCACGCCAUGGGGCGGGGGUGGCGGCGGUGCCAAGGGCAAAGUCGCGGCGGGAACAGGGGGUUCGUACAGACCAAAUGGAGGUGGAAGUGGUGGACAAUGUGACGGUCACAGCCGCCGCGAGGAACUCCACCCUGCACAAGCUCGAUCGGGGGGCGCUGCUCAGUUUCUACAUGAGCACGCUGUUCGCCCAGGGAAACGAACUUUUGUGUCCGCAAGUGUGUCGACUGUUGAGCGGGCUCAAGUUUGGCUCGUCGCUGUCGUCCAUUUUGGCUCCUACGUUGGCCAAGCAGUCGGUGGAAGACAAUGCCGUGGUACUUGUGAUGGCCUUCGUGGUGUGCUUGAAGGCGAAUGCGAAUGGUAGCGGAGGGGAAAAGAAACGGACACCGGACGUGCUCAAGACCCACUUGGUGGCGUCGUUUGUCAAGGUUCUGGUCACUCCUCAGUUGGAAGCAGCCUAUUCGACGCUCGUGUACGAAGGCAUGCGGAUUGCAACGGCGUGUUCUUGGAUAGUCGCGACCCAGCUGGUCGCUGAGACGAACCUGGCGGGGCUGCUGCAGUUGCUGCGAGAGUCCAGCCUUCGCAAGGUGGUCGCUUCGUAUCAUGCAGAGCUCGUGGACGUGAUAGCAGGCAUUCGCACGACGCACGCAGAGGACAAGCGGCUGUUGGUCGAUGACUUAAGCUUGACAGAGAAUGCCAAAGUAUAA